AUGUUGCCGGGAGUGGUCGAUACGCGCCGAGGGGGUCGGAUCUGCGCUGUAGCGGCCGUUGGCCGGCGGGUGGAGGGUGGUGGUCGGUGGGUGGCGGGUGGUGGGUGGCGGGUGGCGGGUGGAGAGUGGCAGGGCGGCGUGGGAGCCCGGCGUGUACACUACGGAGGGCUGAACAGCGGCAGGCUCAGUAGCAGACUUGCGGUGGUGGCGUCAACUGGACAGGUUACAAUGCGUCCUGGUUUUCUGAACACAUGCCUAGUGAGUUUGUAUUUCCUGAUCGCAUCUGCCGCGUCCCCACGCGACAAAUACAAUGAACACCUGCCCGAGGUGGUCAAGUCCGUGUCGCCGGACCUGAGCAAGGAACCCACUUGCGAAGAGCUCCGAGCCAUGUGGAGAUUCUCCAAGCGGCAAUCUCGGGCCGCGGAGAGCACCAACGAGAUACCGACUUACCGCGACCCGUUCGCGUACAACGUCUGGGAGGACCAUGCUAGCGUACGCAGUGUGGGCGGGCGAAAGAUACAACGACCGUACAUCUACGGUAGGUUGGUUCACAACAUCCAGCGGCCCAGGAUACCGGAGAACACUCCGGACAGGAUUAAAUCCUACGAGGAAGUGAUAAAGAUGAUCACCUCUUCGGCGCACAACCUGAAACCGCACAACCGACGCAAGCCUACGUCCAUCCGACUGGUGGGCGGCAACAACGGACUGACCCAGAUGCACCUGAACGCGCAGCAGACCGGCAGCUUCCAGCACCUCAAGGAGCUCAUCCAGUCCGAGCGCGCCAGAGAACUGCACGAGCAGAAGAUGUCGGAGGAGAACGCCCGGGAGGGCGCCCUCCAGUACCAGAGGAUGAUGCAGGAUCAGAACACUGCCGGGUACGUAGUGAGGGAUCGUGACCGUGACCGUGACCGUGAUGAUCUCAACUUCAAGACUGGCAGGAGCAGAGGAGCCAUGGAGGGCGUAGUCAGCUUUCCAGACGUAUUGGCGCCGUCCAAGUACGACAGCGACUACUACUACCUGCAGAGAUCAUACCCUGAUACACUGUCUGUUGCAGGAGCUGCCUAAUCCCUCGUGGUGACGCCUUUGUGUGCAGCAUCCCCACCCAGACUACACACCGGUGCACAUACGCUGCGGCCGGUCACAUUAGUGUAGCAUAGGUGUUCUGUUUCCCCUACUGUCUACCCAGCAUUUAAGUAAACAUAAAUGUUCAGUAGUAUUAAUGUCUUAAGCUAAGGGAAUCUUCUUAAACUGUGCAAAAGACGGCACUACAGUAGGGACCACCAGAGAGUGCACUUGAGGGAGGAGCCUAUUUGGCGUGUGACCUUGGACUACCCGAAGACUGAGCUGAUGAACUGUUAGUUUGAGGUUUGUACAGUACAACACUUUGAUAACGGUCUUUGUAGCCGGCAGCACGCUAUGCUAGGCGGUAGUUGCCGUGUUGUGCCAAAUACACUCUUUCGUGGCCCCUACUGUAGGGCACGUUUUGGUAUCUUCUAAAUAGUGAAAGUUCUCAGAAGUGAAUUAUGAUUUUUGUAUAUCUUAAAAGUCAUUCACUUCAAAUUGAUCAAUAGGGUAUGAACCCUAACAACGUGGCAUGAGAAUAAAGCGUGUACUGGAGUUUACAUGGAAAUAACCAAAACAAGGAAUUUAAUUAUAGCACUGUUUCAGUAAUCAAGUAUACCAGAUACUGUAGAGCUGGUUUUUAUAGAAUUCAUAUUUUUAUCAGCAUUGAAUACAAUUCAAAGUAAAAAUAAAAGUUUCCUUUCAAAUACACUCAUUCGCAUUCGGUAUUUUGAUCUGAUUUAAUUUACUCAUUAGCCUCAAGAAUAAGUUAUCCACAUUAAAAAAUCUCAUUUUUCACCAUUUGAAUAAGUUUGUUUCAAAUCAAUUGUUUGUUGAGCGACAAGUAUUUUUAAUACUGCCAGUGUUGCCGAUAAAUGAUAAUCGUUGAUAAAUUACAUCUUAACAAUAUAAGCGAUUAAAUUCCAACAAACACGGUAGCUACAAACCGACAUAGGUUGCUGUAACUAUUGUUAGGGCUAGUUUUUAAUGUGUGACCUUUAAGUUCCGCAUCAUCGUCUUAUUCUGUACAUAGAUUAAUUGUGUCCGAUUCUCCAGCAAAUGUUCAACAGAACACAAAAGUAUUGAGAACAAUUCAUAAACGAUCUAAUUAAUACUAAUAAGUGCUUUUAAUUCCCGAGUGAGUAAAUUAAAUUUCCAUUAUUUCCUGCACAAACAUCAGUAAUAAGCAACAACUGGGUAAAGACUUAAGUACAUACCAUGUUCUGGUAUGAUAUGGUAUAUACACACUUCUUUCUCCCAAACAAUGCUUACAAUCCACAACCUCAUUUUGUAUAUGAAUUCUCCCUUUACCUGCGAAAUAGGGGUACCUCUGAAUUUAUAACCUGACAUUUACAUUUUGUUCAGUUACUGCGAUGUGAAAUAAAUUUAAAAUGAGCUUUUUUAAUCAUAAAAAUUUUCUAAAACAGUAAAAUUGGUCUAAAACCAACUAAAAUAGUGUAAAUUGUUACAUACACACGUAUAUUAUGUCUUGAAAGUUGCGACCGUUUUGCCAUUGUGAAACUUACGAAAUUCUCCGUGGCAGUAGGAAUGGAUCUGUAUGUGUCUGAGGUAUUGGAGAGUGAUAACAAGAUAUGAGUAAUUCAUGAGUGCGUGUGUAUCACAGUGAAUGAUACAGCCUGGCGAGCUGUUGACGAAAUAUGGAAUGAUGACACACAGAAAGUAGGUUGUAAAAUGACAUUUCAAUAAUGUAUGUAAAUACUCAUGAUCACAUUCUAAAUAACUGUUAUACAAGUAUAUAUGUUAUUAUUAUUAUCGUGUAAAACCAUACUAUUAAUAUAUUGCUUAAAAUACUAAUACAUUGUAAUUUUAAUAUUUGUCUUAAUUAUAGUAGUUUGUUCCAUAUUUAGUUUUAGGAAGUAGAAAGGAAUUUGUAGGUAGGACAUAAAAGAUACCCACAUUUUUUACAAAGAACUACACAUAUGUUUAAUACUUUUAGAAUUUAUCCUGCAUAAAACUUUUGUGAUUAAGUAAUACAUAUCAUGUUAUUUUGAGAUUACACAUACACAUAUUUAUGUAGAUUCACAUUUUACCAGACAAAUAUGUAUGUUAUUUUGCUACACACUAUUAUCACGAUGUGCAGACAGUAAUUUUAGCAGCAUGAAAACAUGGCAAGUGGUUAAUUAAUUGUGUUUUAUUUAACGAAAAAACAUUACAUUUUGAUAUACCAACUAGAACAUAGUUACUUACAAUAUAACUUUAAUACUGAGUUUAUAUUUUUUAGACUAAGUUUAAAAAUCCCAAUCCAAUGUGUAUUCAAAAUUUCAGAUGCCUGUGUAACAUUGCAAACCACUUUUAAAAGACUUUAAAGAAAAUUAAACGCCGUUCAAGAAUUUCUAAUAUCACCCAUCCAUAAUAUACUACUUAGACUUUUUAAACUUUUUCUAAAAUUUAUGGUGCCUAUGUUGUAUUAAAUGUAAUUUUAUUAGAUCGAGUACAUACUGGUUUUAAAUUUAACCUAAAAAUUCUUAUGAAUAAUCUUCUACAACUUUCCGGUCCCUUUAACACCAUCCAAGAAGGACCUAACGAAAAUUUGAGAUAUAAUGCGAAUUUUUUAUACAAUCAUUAUUUUGAUGCUACAUUCAGCACUUGCCCUUAAUACUAACAAAACAUACUAUCGCAUUAAGCAAUACUAAAAAAUGCCGUCUUUGAAAUUUAUUUUCGAACCAAUAGUGUCUCAAAUCACACACUAACCAUAUAUGAUUGUCGACUUUUAUUUAGUAAAACUACUUAAGAACUGUACCUAUUGUAUUGUUAUGGAUCUUUUGAUGGUUAGUUACCUUAAAAAUCUGUAAAUGGAAAGAGCUUGAUACUGAUGAAAUAUUGUUAGCACUUUUGUACGAUGGAACCAUUGCUUCUACAUAUUGCUUCAUACAACUUAGAUAGUGAUGGAUAAUGAUUACAUAGGGUCACGUUAAACCCAACUGCUGCUAGUAAAAUACCAAACCUUUUGGUUAAAGAUUCUGCAUUCCGGUUAAAAGACAUUUAAUAUGUAAAAGACCUAACCCACUAAAGAGUAACGUUUCAUUUAUCCUUAAAUUCAGUUUAUUCUGAAAAUCAGCUUUAAAAAGACAAACUAAGUUUGAAAUUUCCUGAGCUUUAUUAGUUCUUUACUGUUACACAUCCAGCAUUUUUACGCUUAAAAUACUCCAAGCUAUAGGGUAGAAUACUAUUUAUUUUCUUUGCUUAGUUGGUCUCUAUGAAUCCAGACCGCACUAGUGUCGGCCUGUAACGGUUUGCAGGUAUUUCCCACUCGAAGCCGCUAGAGUCCGCUAGUGACACAAGAUAGCCUUGCACGCUUUAAGUGUACAUAAUUUAUAAUUACACUCCCAAGACCCGCUUAAAACAAAUUCAAUGUCGCUCGCUAAGCCAACCGGAUCUGGCGUCCACCUGCGUCUUACCACCUGUGUGGGCUGAGGUGACAACUUUGACAGAAGACAAAUAUCUUCAUUUAUAACAUAGGGGCAGCUUUAGAUUCCGCUUGCAAAGUGGAAAUACAAUUUAUAUAUUUUAAAAGUAACUUUACUUCUGACGAUUGAAGUGCUGAAUAUUUUUUAGUUUCACUAACACUCUGAGUAAUACUUUUUAGUAAUACCCGAGUAAUACACCCUGAUUACUACCUGAGUAAUAAAAGUAAUUAGACAUUUUUCUUAUGUAAAUUCUAAAGGCCCAUCGAAGACGAUAUUUUACAAGAACGCAUCUUAAGAUUUCAUUUGGGAAACUUGGAUUAUUACCUAUUAAUCUCGUUGUUGUGUAUUAAGUAAUGUUAUAAGGAAAACGAUCCAUAAAAUGUCUUGUAUAAAGGUAAACGAUAAAAGUUAUGUUGAAACGAGUUAACGUGUUUUAUUUUGCUAAACUAAUGACUUUAUAAAUCCCAAUAAAGCUUUGAAAUUUCAAUCUGCUCAAAGGUCUAUUCAGUAAUAUAAAAUCUGUUGAAUAGGAUCUAUGAAAAUGUUUGGAAUCACUCGAAACUUGUUCUACAGUUCACAGGUUUGUUUCAAUUUUAAUACUUUUACCAUUCACCACUCUUAAAAGUGUUGAAACUUUAACGAAAGAUCUAUAGUUUUUAAAUAAGUGUGUUUUUAUUAAAUGUCGGAUGCAGAUUCAACAGAAAUUUAAAGAGUCUAAUUCAUUAUUAGUAGUAUUGUUAGGGCCUUGCUAUGUCAAAUUCUAAAUAUGUACGAUAUUUAGAAUAAAUGAUAUUUAUACAUAAUACAUAGACAUUUUUAAUUAUAAAUUAUGUGGAUAGGAAGGAGUGAAGAUCUUUCAAUAUGAACUCGUUUUAUGUCAUUUAUGAUAAUUCCACCUUUAAAAUUAAAUAGGGUUUCUAAUGAACCAGAGUAGAAAAUUAGUGUGUUAGGAUGCGUUGUUAAUAUUUGUUAGAGAGUUUAAGAUUUAUUUUAUUGGUUUAUGGAAAUUAUUUAAGGUCUCUUUUAAGGAAAUCGUUCUCUAGUGAUGAUUGAUGUAAAGAAAAUGGUGCUCUAUUGUGUAGUUUAAAUAUUUGUUACAAGUCUAUAAUGUGAUAUAGUAGCGAUAGUGUUGUUUUUGUAGCUUUGGUCAUUAUAGGUGUGGUGCGGCCUAGAACACAGCUUACUGAAUAUUAAAGCUUAACAGAAAAUGUUACAUAUACUGUGUAUAAUCUUUUAGCAUAAAAGAUAUUAAAGUGAUACAAAACUUACUUCGAUCAGAGAGAUCUAUUGCUUUAAGAUAUAUACUCAAGAAUGUAAUUUAAUUUCUGGUAUAUGAUGAUUAUCACUAAUUAGUUAAGGUAUAACCUUAACUUGGAUUGCAAGGGAAUCUAACAACUAUGAGAAUUGCAAAACAAUGUUUAAUGCUUCACUUUCCAACACCAUCUUAUUAGUAUACAGUACUUGUAGUAGACUUGCAUUAUCUAAUUGUUCUUCUUUAUCAUGGUAGCUGUUGUGUGUGUAAUAUAUGUCACUGCUAACACUAUUAUGGAUUGUAACUGUUGUGGAUAAUUUUUUUGAAUACCACUAAUAAAAGAAUUUGUGUGUUAUCACAUAUAAUUAUUAUAGGAUGAGACAAUAUGAGGAUAACAAAGAUUGAGCCAUUGUUAUAAGCAAGGCAAAAUUAUGUAGACUGAUUUUAACGCAGUAACAUUAAGCCGAGAAAGAUUUUAUUAUUGUAAUUGUAAGAGGGAAAGGAAAAGAACACUAUUUGUAUAUUGUGAUGUAGAAUUUAAUAAUGGAUUUUUAACCUUUUAGAAUAAGGAAAGGUAAUAUUAUGAAUUAUUGCAAAGACUGUAUAGGAAUAGUAUUUAUAUAAAAUAAUAUUUAUUAUAAAUAUACAUUUGAUAAAUUUAUAUGAAUUUAAUUUAAUUAAUCAACAGGUUUUGUUGGUGUAGUACCCCAAAUUCAAAAUAAAAAUGUAUUUUCGAACUUGUC